AUGUUCCGCGCUGCAAGAUUCGCUCGCACCGCUGCCCCUCGCUUCGGCACCCGCGCGUACUCUGGUGGUUACACCAAGGAGGGCUAUGAGGCCUCGAAGGAGCAGGCCAAGUCUGCUGUUGAGACCUGGAAGAAGAUCUCGAUCUUCCUUGCCCUGCCGGCCUGCGCCAUCUUCGGCGUGGUCGCGACCAAGGAGGAGCUCGAUCACAUCCACCAUCUGGAGCACGACCCGCCCAAGUUUCGCAAGUUCCCGUAUGGCGACGGUGACCACACUCCGUUCUGGAACCCGCUCACCAACCCCGACCCCGUCGAGGAGUAA